UUUCAAAGUGGAAAAACUUGUUCUUUGGACUAAAGACUUUAGAAGGUGUAAGUCUUUCCUAUAAAUACGAUCCACUCGUGCUACAAUAUUAUUAGUCGAAUAAUUCAGCGGUUCAUUAUUGUCAAAGAAAUAAGGAAGUGUUAAAAUGAGGACAUUUUGUGUACUAUUUGUGACAAUUUUGUCGCUUUGCAUUGGAAUUCAGGGCAUCAAUGUGGAAGGCGAAAUUGUUCAAGGAGAAAAUGUGAAAUUUGUUGCAAAACACUGGGACAUUACAACCGAAGAUGUGACGAUCACUAGUAUUAAUGGAAAGGAGGCAUCGUUUUAUGGCGACAAAAAAGUCACCUAUCUAGACAUUCUCGACCAAACCGUUCAUUAUUUGCCAAAAGGAAUCGAAAACUUUUUCCCGCUUCUCGAAAAACUGUCGAUCGUUGGUUCGGAACUCAACUCAGUGAAAUCCGACAACUUGAAGCCUUUUGUCCAUCUGCAAACGGUUAACUUGAAAAACAACAAAAUCACCACCCUUGACAGUAAUGUGUUUGAGUUCAACCCUGAAAUCACUACACUUUGGAUGAGCCGAAACAACUUGAAACAUAUUGGAGCUGACAUCUUGACACCGUUGAAGAAAUUGACGUACGCCGAUUUUUCGGCAAACGAAUGUGUUGACAAAUUGAUUGACGAGGAAGGUUCAGAGACAGUUGAUUUCUCCACCUUGGUCAACGAAUUUAAAACCAAGUGUGCAUAAUGAAAUAAUAAAUCUUUUAUAACUAGAACUGUAAAGUGCGAUCUCGGUUCGAUAUGGCGUAAAUCGUUCGACACAAAGUCGAGAACUUAGUUUACGACAUCGAGAACGAAUAUUCCACUUCACAUUUCUAGUUAUAUAAAUAAGUUCGCUUGCUCUACCGUAAAGUGGACUUUACAGUAGAGAGA